GUUUUAUUGUUAAAGAGAAUCCUUUUGGAGAUCCUUCUCUGGGCUUUUCAUUAAAAGGGCAAGCAGGAUGGGUGCUCUUAGGAAACACAGAGGUGCUACCAUUUUCAUAUGGAAAGGAGGGAGCUGUUUUAAUUUAUAUCCUGGUCUGGCAACUUGUUAGCAGCCUGUAUGUCUUCGUAAUACAAAGAGCUGUUGUUUUUUGAACCUGAUGGAAGAAAGGACAGAAUUUAUUGGUGGAGAAUGAUGCCGGGGAGAGGAGACAGACUUUGAAGACUGGGGAAAAAAGAUGAAAGCUAUAUGCAUCUGUAUUUUACCAUACAACCCUAAUUUGCAUUUAUGACGGUUGUUUUCAGGGUGCCAUUCUGUUUUUCUUGCUUCCACUAUGUUUUACUUGGCAGCUUACAAAGUACUGUAGGCAUAAGAAGCCUCCUGAGAAUUGUACAGGCAUAACUACUUGGUUCCAUGCUCCAUGUGGUUUACACUGAGCAAGUGGGUCUAAAGAAACAUAGCAGAGAAAAAGGGAAAGGACAAUAUUGUUUUUAAAAGCUGUACAUUUUAAGUGGUUUUGGAGAAAAUGAAAAAAGAGACUGCCUCAAAGUCAUUCUGGUAUAAAUCUAAUCCAGGACCCCUUUCGCGUGCUGUGAGCUGGAUAAACUUCUCCACUCUUUCCAAGCAGACAAAAAGGUUAUUCCGCAGUGAUGGAGAACUCACAUCUAUAUGUGGGCAACAGAUGGAAGAGGAUGAAAGCUGGACCUACAGACCACAGCACAGAAAUGCUGUGUCCAAUCUAGAUGAAGAGAGUAGAUGGACAGUCCAUUAUACUGCACCCUGGCAUCAGCAGGAAAAUGUGUUUCUACCCUCUACAAGACCACCCUGUGUGGAAGAUUUGCACCGCCAAGCCAAGCUGAAUUUAAAGUCGGUACUAAGAGAAUGUGACAAGCUAAGGAGAGAUGGCUAUCGAAGUUCUCAGUAUUAUUCUCAGGGUCCAACUUUCUCAUCUUCUUCUAGUGCCCUCUGUGGAAAUUACCAAGAUGAUUAUGAAGAAAUUGAACAAAAGUGUUCAACCCCUUCUCCUGAAGAGGAAAAGCUUAUUAGCAUCAAGAGACCCAAAACACCAAUUUCAAAUGAAUUCUCUGAUAUCAACACUCAAACAAAUUGGACCAAAUCACUUCCAUUGCCAACGCCAGAGGAGAAAAUGCGGGAGCAAGCUCAAGCAGUCCAAACUGAUGUUAUACCUAUUAACGUAACAGCAAGUGGAAGAAAGUGCAUGGUGUCAGUGUGCUUGAAAGUAAUGGUGCUUUGCUUGUUCUACUGUACAUCAGGGGAGAAUUUUGACCGCCAAGCCAGCAUACGGAGGUCUCUAAUUUACACAGACACUGUGGUAAGGCGGCCGAAGAAAGUGAAAAGGAGAAAGACUAUUACAGGAAUCCCUGACAACAUCCAAAGAGAGCUAGUUGGAACUGGUAAAAAUGACUUCCGUGGCCAUUCAAUAUGUAUCCCUGAACACUAUUCCACAUUAGGAAGACUUGAUAGCUAUCUCCCUUCUAUGCAGCACUGUGACACCAAGGACUCCAGCUGUCAGACAGAUGAAGUCAAAGUGGUGCCACCUUCAGUAAGGCGGAUACGUGCACAGAAGGGACAAGGAAUUGCAGCCCAGAUGUCUCAGUUGUCCAGUUCAUCUGGAAACAUGUCUGUGAUGAGUGAUUCUGCUGGAAUAGUAUUUGCUUCUCGUCUAAAUAAUGACCUGGGUUUUCACAGUCUUCCUCGGUCUGGGGCAAGAGUGUCGCUGCAGUUACUGGAGCGUAGGCAUAGCCUUUCUAAGUCAACAGAAGAUGGAGCUUUGUCACAUCAAAUAAGCAAACUGCAAGUGGGUGAUAGCACAGAACAUAUAAGGAAUAACAGUAGAGUAGAUGUGCUUCAGAGGACAAAGUCUCAAGCUGUAAGGAGUUCUGAGGGUGAACACACAGAAAGCCCAGCAUGCAUGGUCUCACCACAUGCCACUUAUUCAACUAGCAUCAUACCAAAUGCUACCCUAUCAUCCUCUUCAGAAGUGAUUGCUAUUCACACAACACACGGUGCUGGAUUGAUGGAUAGUAAAAUCGACAACGCCUCUUCAUAUUCAAAGCCUAGAGAUAAUCUGGUUGCCAAUAGCAUGGUAAACACAAAAGAUCAGCACCAUUCUUCUAGUGGAACUUGGAGUGAGACCAGUUCAACACAUCACUCACAGUCCUCAGACACUACCAUUUCAUCAAAUGCUGUGAUGGUGAUUGCUCUUGGAGAUUCAGGAGUGUCUCUCAGUGAUGCAGGAACUGUGGAAAAUUGCCCUCAAAAUAUAGUCUACAGCUGUAGGAACAAUCUCAAUUUCCCAAACCACUCUGAAGACAGUGACAAUAGGAGUGAAUCAAAUUACUUGGUGGAUAAAAUACAGGGCAGAAGUCAGAACGGCAGAGGGCACAGUGGGUUCAGGCACCCUGGAAAUGAGGAAAAUCCUAUGCACAAGCCAGAUUGUGCCACUCCAGGCUGUUCUACACCCGUGAGCAACUUGAGUACCAGCAGCCUGGAAAGAGUCUCUGCCAAAGAAGACUCAGGCUCCUUAUAUUCUGUAGACCAUGAUGGUUAUUACACUUCCAUGCAUGUUGACUCGGGGCUCAAAUCAGGCAAAACCUGCAAUAAUAAUAAUAAUGGUUUUGGAAACUCUAGGCAUAAUGUUAGUGUGUUUGACGGGAAUGAAAAGAAAUCUUUGGGAGAUGUGUCAAACUGCACUGACAAGUCCCUCUCACGAAGCAUAUCCUUAAAAAAGGCAAAGAAACCACCUUUACCACCAUCCAGGACAGACUCUCUUAGAAGGAUCCCCAAGAAGAAAUCUCAGUCCAAUGGACAGGUACUGGAUGAUAUGCUGAUUGCCACUCUCGAGCACUCCUUGCAACUGAACCUCAGGAGCAAAAAUGGCAGCUCUCCAUCUCAAAGCCCCUGCAGUGAUUACGAUGACCCUUGGGUGCUACGCUCUCGAAGCCAGAGCUCAGUGAGUGCCAGUAGCAGCAUGAUGUCUGCAACAGGCCUGAACAUGUACUCCAUCUGUGCUGUCACCCCCUCUCAGAGUGAGACAAGCAGUAUCAAGUCAGAGUAUGCUGACCAGUGGGGUUACUACAGUGACUAUCCUGGGAUGCCUGAUGAUCAGUUAAAAUCCCCAGUAGUUCAUUCUGCUAAUACUACAUUGAAGCUGAAUGAUUAUAAUGCUGUCAGCUUUAAUGAUGCGUCAAGGGCUUCUGCACCACAUGUAACCUCUGGGUUAUCCAAACCAAAGACCACUUCUCCAGAAAAGUCACAUAGAGUGACUUCACCAUCUAGUGGUUAUUCUAGCCAAUCCAACACACCCACAGCACUUACACCAGUGCCUGUCAUUCUAAAAUCUGUGUCAAAUGGAAAUGGAAAAGCCAAGAUGAAGCCUAAAGUGCCUGAAAGGAAGUCAUCCCUCUUGUCGUCAGUUUCAGUAUCUUCCUCCUCCACCUCUCUUUCUUCGAAUACAUCUGCUGAAGGCUGUGUGAAUGUGAAGAAACCUGAUCCUGACCUGAGCUUCCCUCUGGUUACUCCUUCUCCUCUAAUGUCUCCAUACACUGCUGAUCAUCUUCUUCCUCCCCCACCACCUGCUUUAAUGGAUGGUAUGGAUCUGUCCCCUCCACCUGGAUCUCCCAAUUUCCCACCACCUCCACCAGAAGCCAUUAUAAAUGCAACCUUUCCUCAACAUGAUACAUGGCUUAAUAAUGAGGAUCCCUCUAUGAGUCAUUUCUUUCCUUCAGAAGCACCUCCUUUCUCAUCUCCUUUUUCUUCUUCGUUUGCUCCACCAGCACCAUCCUUAGACCCCAAAUUCACAAAAGCGGAAUAUAAACAUGCACCCCAUUCUUUCAAAAAAUAUAACCAGCAGGGAUCUAAUCACAGCACAAUAAAGCAACCAUUAAAUAAAGAAGACCCCACUAGGCCUGCAAUGCCUCUAGUAACCAGCCAAGCACUGCAAAUGGUACAGUUGAGGUCUGUGAGGAAAUCUGUGAUGUCAGAGGGUGAACAGUCAGUUGAAUCUGCUUCCAGGACCAAGUCUCAGGAAAAACUGACUGAAGUUCAAUCACCUUUAAAAUCAUGUGUGUCAGUAAGGCAGAGUAAUAGCCUAGAUGAGAGUGAGGUGAACCCUCACAGAGUUUUUGACAAAGGCUUUGUUUACAGCCCUAGCCAGACAUCUUACCCAGGCCUCAGUGGGAUUAACCCUGAACAUAUUGGUCAGAAAAUGCCUGAAAAUGCAACAAAUCCGACUAAUUUUUUUGCCAAUGAUCUAUUGCCAGCCAGUGCUGAAGAAGAACCAGUGGAGUAUCAAAGUUCUCACUGUGGUCUUUCAAGUUUGUCAUUUCAGGGACAGUCACUCAGCAAGCCUCAGGGUAUGUCGCGAAACAAGAAGCCGCCACCUGUUUCAAAGAAACCCAAACUGUUCCUGAUUGUACCACCCCCACAGCCUGAUGUUAAAGCAGAAAAAAUAGCUGAAGUGGGUGAAACAGUCAGAAGCAUUCCAAGCGUAACUACAAGGGAUGCUGCAGUUACACAGUCUAGUCAGGCUAGGGAUUAUCCUACUGAUGGACUCUACUCCAAUGAAAUGGACUCAGGCAACCUUGUUCCAGAAGGAGGAGCUAUGGGUUCUCCCUCCUGUGAAACACUGGAAACCAAUGUCUUGACACUGCAGUCCAGGCAAGAGCAGCCUUGCUUAUAUGAAGGAAUCAGUUGUGACAGAAAUGGAGACAGCAUCUCUAGAACAGACAGGCAGCUAUCUCAAGGAGAUGAAAGUGACAUGCUUGAAUCAGAUGCAGCAAGCAGCUUUUUACUGCAAAGCCCAAACUAUGGGGAAGACAAUAUGGGGACGGCAAUGCCACCUAGACCAAGGACCACUGAAGACCUUUUUGCAGCCAUUCAUAGAUCCAAAAGGAAAGUCCUUGGCCGCAAAGACUCUGAGGAAGAACGCAUUCGAAACCAUUCUCCAUCGCCUCCUGUUACACCAACAGGUGCUUCUCCAAUUGUGGCUUCCCUUAAGCAGGCAGGAUCAAUUCAGAGGAAUAUUCGUAAGAGUAGCACCAGCAAUGACAACUUCAAAGCACUGCUGCUCAAAAAAGGAAGUCGCUCAGACACCAGUUCUCGCAUGUCGGCAGCAGAGAUGCUAAAGAAUACAGAUCCAAGAUUUCAGAGAGCCAAAGUGGAUUCUCCCUGGGACUAUAAUGACAGUACCACAAGUUGUUCCCCUACCAAGAACAGACGGGCCCAAGAAGAAUGGGCCAAGAGUGAAGGCCUCAUGCCAAGGAGCUUGUCCUUUUCCAGUGCUAGAUAUAGCCGAUCUCGAACCCCGCCCUCAGCUGCAAGUAGCAAGUACAGCGUUCGAAACAGGAUCCAGAGUAGCCCUAUGACUGUUAUCAGCGAGGGUGAUGUAGAAGCCAUUGAACCUGCAGAGAGCAGGACUAAUAGGUCUUUAGAAGAGGAAGAUGCGGGGCAAUUGGAUGUGUUUGACAGUGAUGAAAUGGAUAUUAAUGAAGAUGCUGGUUCCAGUGAUGACACCACAGGGCACCUAGAGCUGAUAACUUAACAGAUGACCCCAAACCCUUUAAAGAUAAAAGUAUAUCCAUCAUGUGAAAAGGGUUGUCUGAGGAUCAAGAAACAAGGCACAGUGAUGUUAGGCACCUACAGAAAAGUGUAUGUAAGGAAUUAGGCCUGGCAGCAAGCCUUAAUCAGUACAAUUUAUUUUGCCAAGCAUAUAGCAUGUGUUCAUGUAUGGAUAUGGCAACACUGGCAAUUUUACAUGGUGUAGUUAGAUGGGACUUUCUGGUGUGAAAAAAAAUAUUAGUAGCUGGACUCCUCAUUAAAAGCCUUAAAAUCCUCUAGAGAAAACAAAAAUCAAAAAACAACUCACCAGAUAUUGCUGGAUUCUGGGUUACAUGUGAUUUUUUUUUCUUUUUCAUUUUGGAGGGUGAAAAAAGGUCUGCAGAGAGAAUGAGAAGCUUCUGUGGUACUGGGUGGCAGUAGGUUUUUAAGUAUUAUAUUUAUGAAACUUAGUAAUCUGUUUUGAGCAGGAACUGAUAGAAUGAAAUAUGCAGCCUAUUAGAAUUAGCAGGACUGGCAUUGUUCCCCCUGCUUCUUGCAGUGUGGGCUUCUCUGCUGGUCAUAACUAUGUCAUAACAACACAACAACAGGCCAUCCAGAGUCUGAAUUAAUAUUUUUUAAAAUCCAACAGGAAAAAAGAGCUGUUGUAAUACAGAACUGACUGCUGUGCAGUCAUAUUACAGCCCAUCUGUUGGGUUUUCAACAAGUCACUUCUCACCUAGAUCAGUUUUCUCUGAAUGGAAAUUGAGAUGUCCUUUGGUCAACUUAACAUAAAUAGAUGCAGAUUUGUAAUAAAGAAGUAGGUAAAUAAUACAGGGUCAUGGUGAGAAAAAAUGAGCAAUUAGCCAUUAACCUCUUAACUUUAAAACAACCCCCGUUUGAUUAUUUACACAAUAGAAUUGCAAUAUGUUUCCUUUCCAGCUAAACUGUGUGGUAAUUGCAUUUCUGACACCUUUUGUUAUUUAAAAAAAAGGGUUUGUUUUUUUUUUAAAAAUAGCGUAUCACUUGAAAUAACAAACAUUUGUUAACUUAAAGGUUACCAAAGAAUGCUUUACAAUAACUUUUACUGUUUUGGUCUAUAAUCAGCAUUUACUUGAUUAGGAAAAAUGAUCAUCAUUUCGGAGACUGCUUAGUUUUAUUGUUUACCAAUGAGUUAAAAUAUUAACUUUUCCUUAUUUGUAAAGAAAAGAACUGAAUUUUUAAAAAAAUCAGCUGCAGUUUUGAACAGUUUCUUUUAAGAAGCAGCUUUUAGUUUUUGGAAAGGAAUUUUGCAUACAUUGACAUGCUGUGUGUUUUUAUAAUGUUUGUAUAUAGUGAAAGUUCUUUAUAUAAUGUAUGUCCUCCCAGUGUUGGAAUUUUUACAUUUAUAAAUGUUAAGGAGGAUGGAACCCUCCAUGUAGAUAAUUUAUUUUAAUGAAAAAUACUUGACUUCUUUUCUCUUCAUCUCUGUAUAUGUUAGUACAGCAAAUUUCAGGGGCCUUUACUCAACUCAAGAAGGGGAUGGUGACAAUGCUGUGACUCUGCUUCAAUAAACAAGGCUGCCAUUUGUCA